AUGCUUCCAAAGAAGAGUACUACAUUCUCAAAGAAUGUUCAACCAAUUAGUGAUUUUGAUGAAGAGGAGGAGGAAUACUAUCGAGAGGAGGAAUAUCAAGGACCAAUAGAUGAGGAUGACGAUGAAGAAAAUAAUUUUGCCUAUCCCGAUGAUGAGGGAAAAUCAAAAAAGCCUAUUAAACAAAGACAACAAUCAAAGAAGAAGGCUGUCAAAUUUGAGGAAGAAAAACAAAAGAAAAAACCAUCAAUUCCUAAAAAAACACAAAAAGCUAUUUUAGUGUUUAACAAACUUGUUGAUGAUGCCAUUCAAAAGAUUAUAUUUUCUAUGGCUGAUCAGGAAUAUGUAUCCGAUAUUUAUUUGGAUUAUGUUUGUCAAUUAUUACAGCCACAACAUUUUGAAGAAGUUUUGGAAGAGAGAAAUGCAUCUGGUUUGUGUGGUAAUCCUACUUGUUCUAAUGAAAUUGAUGAUGAAUUGAUUGGAAGAAAUCCAAAGUAUUAUAUUGAUUUCAAUAGAUUAGAAUUGGUGGAUGUUUCAAGUUUUGCAAACAGAUUAUUUUGCUGUGAAGUUUGUAAAAAGAAAUCCUUCCAAAAGAUGAAUGCUUGCAGUACAUCAAUUCCAUAUACUAGAGAUUGUAAAAAAUUACUUUUCAUGCUUUUCCCUGAAAUUGGAGAAGAAAGACUGACAUUUAUUUUGGAUCAAGUGAAAGAAUCUGUCUUGACAGAUCCAAAAGCUACAUUGGCUGUUAAGGUCAAAGAAAAUGAAAAUCCUCAAUUGCCAGCAGUUGGUGCAGAAGAUGAGCUUGAUUGUGAAACAGAUAAUAUUGAAGGAUUCAUUCCAUCCUAUUCAAAUGAUAAAAUUAAGAAGGAAGUUAAAAGAAUUGGAUACUUCUUCGAGCCAUGCAGUGACAGUGAUGGGACUGGUGACGGCAUUGAUCCUUCUGAACUCAAAUUAGAAUUAUUCCAAGAGUUGUGGACAUUCUUCUCCAGAAUGGUUACUAAAUCCACUGUCCAAUACUUUAAAGAUCUCAAUAACCCAUCUCAAGAAGCAGAAACUUCCCAAGAAGUGCUACCAAAGAAGGAAAAAUCAAAGAUUGACUAUAGUGAGUUAAAGGUUUAUGAGGAUAUGUACAAGGAAAUGGGCAUUGAUAUUUCAAAUGAUAUUGAGCAAUUUAGGCCAACAAAUGAAGAAUUGUAUAGUGAAGAUGGAGGUGUCAUAAGAGAUGAAGUGCACAUGGUUCGUUUCAGAUUAUUCUUGCACUCCCUUUAUGAGCUUAUUCCAACAAUUUGUGACUCUAUUGGAUAUACCAAUCAUUCCAAACUAAGACUUCAAUUCGAGAAAAUUCUCUCAACAUUCAACUAUGAGUAUGCUCUUCCAUCUUUGGACCUUAAAAGAUUGAAAAUUAUUUGUACGGUAAUUGUAAAGACAUUAAUGCUAAAAGAUGAAGAAUUCAAGCAAGAUUUAAUUGAAAUUAGCGAGAAACCUAUUGAGUUUAUCAUUCUUGGUCAAAAACCAACUACACCAGUUCAAACCAGAAGAAAAAAGAUUACAAAUGAGAAAGAUUCAUUACUAGAGAAAAGUACAGAAAAUAUCAAUAAUCAGUUGCUGAAAGAAGGAAUCAAGGAGGUACAAAUUAAUCUUUUAACAGAUGUUAUUAUAUUUGGGGUUUACUAAUUUACAAAAUUACAUUAUUGUAAUAAAAGCUCAGUAGCAAGAUGAACAUCAUUACCUGCU